AUGUGUUUUAUUGAAAGGCGAGGAACAACAAUCUGUCCUUUAAACAUGACGUUAGCAGCGAGGUUAUCUCCUCAAAAUGCCUGUGUGGAAGUGGCGGUGCCGCUAAGUAGUUGGUCGACGGGAGUAGCAUGUUGCCCCAACUGCAGGCAUGAGCUCCGCGUGUCACUUGCCCCGCACGCGGGCAAGUGCCACGCAUCGCCCCACACGCCACCCCCCUUCACAGUCCAGCCGACAUACUUGCCACACUCACCCACCACAGUACCAACCUCACCCUUCAUCCCUUCACCAUACAAUGAUGAGCUGAGGCGGUUAGCAGACACCCUCAGAGCAUUAAGGCUGUCUGGCUGGUACUACGGCAGUUUGGACUGGCUGGGAGCCCGAACAGUCUUGAAAGACGCGAGCGUUGGUGCGUUCGUGAUCAGAGACUCUGGCGAUAGGAACUUCAUAUUCUCAUUAUCAGUACAGACUGAGCGAGGCCCCACUUCCGUGAGGCUACAUUACGAACAAGGAUUCUUUAGGUUAGACUGUGACAGGCCGUUGGCGAGGUAUAUGCCACGCUUCAGGUGCGUGGUGGAGCUUGUACAACACUACGCGCGGGUGGGAGAGCGUGGCGCGGCGGGUACGGUGUGGGUGGACCGCGAGGGUUGUCCUCACUCCCCCGUCAUGCUGAAGUCCCCGCUCCGCAAGUCACCCCCUUCACUCCUCCACGCGGCCCGCCUGGCAGUACACAAGGCCCUCGACUCCAACCCCCUCACGCCAAAACUAUGGACCGCGCCCAAACACAGGCUGCUUCCACUACCUUCCACACUAAUAGACUAUCUCGGAGAAUAUCCGUACUCGAUCUAA